AGCUUUCGAAAGUUACCGUGGGCUCACGUCGCGAGUAGAGUGUCAGUCGCGCUAAAAUGGACGGUGGUGGAGCUUACGGAGGCGGCAAAGCCGGAGCCCCAUUCGACCCUAUCACUUUCGUACAAAGGCCCGCAGUUAUCCUUCGAGGGUUAUGUAUCCUGUUUGCAAUCAUUGUAUUUGGCUGCAUAAGUAGCAAAGGAUACCGAGAAGAAAAUGGAAGAGAAAUUUGUCUAUACAAUAAAGAGUCAAGUUCACCUUGCAGCUAUGGCACAGCAAUUGGUGUGAUUGCCUUCCUGGCGAGUAUUGGCUUCCUGGCAGGCGAAUACUUGUUCGAACAGAUGUCCUCCGUGAAAACUCGAAAACAUUAUGUUCUUGGUGAUCUGGGUUUCUCUGGAUUCUGGGCUUUCCUUUACUUCGUUGGAUUCUGCUACUUGUGGAGCUCGUGGAGCAGUGCUGAACGACCAAAGGAUGGCGUUGGUGUAAAUAAUGUACAAGCUGCUAUUGCAUUCAGCUUCUUUUCUAUCUUUACAUGGGCUGGUUGCGCUUGGUUCGCGUUCCAACGAUUCAAGCAGGGAACCGACGCUGCGUUCGCUCCUAGUUACGAGGCUGACCCAACUGGAGGUCAAGGUUACACGAGCUAUCCAGAUGCUACCGAUGCUGCUUAUCAAGAUCCUCCAUUCAAUCAACAACAACAAAGAGGUAUGGGUGACUUCCAGGCUCCAGCUUACUAAAAAGGUCAUCCAUAUAAUGUCGUUAUAAAUAAUAUAUAUUCCAAGGCCACCACAGCGAACUAAUAAUGAUAGGAGUUUAUUUGUUAAUUAUACUUAUCUGUUAUCCUUACGUUUAAUAACAAUAGCAACAAACUGCAACACAAAUCUCAUGUACUGUCGCGUAUCGUGAUCUAAGAGAAGUAUUAGUAUUUUACAUAAACUCGCUUGUUUCUCGCCAUUUAUCUUCCAUCUCAUCCAUCUAUAUACAAAGAACGUUGUAGUUCAAUACAGGCAUGAGUAAGGUUUUCUUUACUAACCAGUAUUAAAAAAAACUGUACUAUACCUAUAUAGAUAUAUAUUCUUAGAUUGAUCAAACAAUCUUAUUUGUAACUGAACAUUUCUAUGCCUACUAUUGAAUGAUUUUCGUCAAGAUUCUUAAUAAAAUAAUAUUUAAGUUUUUUUCAUUUAUUUCAAUGUUAUUUUUCAAUGAAUAUACCAAUUUCUUUUUAUUAUUGAAGAUUAACGAUUAUUCAUGUCUUAUUAAAUUGCAUAUUAGCUGACACAAAGGCCUCUCAUAAAGAGUUUACUCGUUCAUAGCACUGAAACGCUCCUGUCGCUAAUAGAUCGUUAUAAAUAUUUGGUCUAAAAUUGAGUCUGCAUAGGGAGACGCAAUUUGAAAUAAAAAUCUACCUGUUGAACAAUGGCAAUGAUUGUUAGCCACUUGCAAGUUGUACUUAAAUGUGUGUGCAAGAAGAAAAAAUAAGAGAUAGAAUGUCUUUAAAGCUAGAUACGCGAGGCACUAAACAAAAACUACUACGACCAUUUCUUUAGUUGAUACAGGAGAAUUAAGAACCAUUCAGUAUCAUCAAAAAAUUGAUAAUGAUACGUGUAUAUUAAUAAUACAUAUUAGUACAUGCACUGGCUAUAUAUAUAUAUAUAUAUAUAUAUAUUUUAUUGUCGUGACGUGUUCAAGAUUUGAAAACGAGGCAUAUAAAUUAUAACACUACGUGAUAUUUAGAACGAAUCAACGAAGUGGUCGUUAUAAGUCUGCUUAAAUAAUAAAGUCCUGCAUUGUUAAAUAAGCGCCGAUUAAUGUAUGUUUAUUUAUUUGUUUUAAUUAUACUUUUCGAUUAUUAAUGAAAAAUUAUCGCGUUUCAAGCUAUUGCUAAAAGAAAUGUUUUAUUUUGCGACAAAAAAAAUAGAUAAAAAACGAUGUUACCAAAUAAUUAUACAGUUAAGUAAAUCUUUUGUUUGCAGUAAAAUUUUUGUUGUAAUUUUCUUUUCUAGAUUAAUUGCUAUAUUAUGUUUACUAUUUUUACUGCGUCAAUGGAUUAUCUUAUACAAGGUAAAAAUAUUCAUAGUGUUAAAAUUGUUUUGCUUGUAUUGGCUUGUAUUUUUACACAAUAUUCAAUAAUUAGUUCGUAUUUGUUUGUGGCCACCAGGAAUUCAAACCAGUUGGUGAAUGAAAUAUACUUUAUAGGUACAGUUUCCGAAAAACAUAUUGGUAACGAAAAAAAUAUUAAAUAUUCUUAUGAAAAAGCAAGUGCUUCUAAUUUGGUCUAUUGAUUAUAAACGUGUAUAGUAUCAUGAACGUAAAGAAGAAAUAGCAUUAUAAUCGUAAACCAUUGAAUUAUCAAAGUUCUGACUUGAGUUGAUUGAGUCAGCAAAUAAAUUUGAGAAAUGAUCAAUAGAAAUUCUUAUUAUGUUUUAAAAAAUUAAUGCUGAAGUCUGCUCUGGUAAUCAAAUUCUAUUUGAUAAAUAAAUGUACAAAUUUAAUGAUAAAAAGUAUUGGUGGUCGAUAAUAACAAUAAUAAUAUACGUUAACAGGUAAAUUAGAAAUUCUAAAGUUUCAAGUUCUAAUUGAUAUAAAGAAUAUUUCAGAUAAAUAUCUGAACAAUUUCAAUAAAAGAAAACUGUUUCCGAGUGCUCUUUGAAUGAUUCAUCCUUGGAUACAAUUUAACACUGUAGAUGCUUUAAGCUUUGAAAAACAUUCGGAAAUGAGUUCAGGUUUUAAAGGAAAUCAAUGAUUUAAAUUUAAUCAAACAAAAAUAAUUUAUAUUGCAAAUUUCGCGAGUCACUAUAAUGAAAUGUUUGUGCCAGAGAGGAAUUCGCCGCGACAAUAUGAACCUUUGAAUCAGAAAAGCAACUGUAUUUAAAUUGCAAUGAAAAUUACUACUAUAGUGUGUAUAAAAAACAAAAUUAAAACUUCUAUUAAAAUUAUAUAAGUAAUUUAUGAAGAUUUAAAAAAAAUAUAUAUACUUACUAACGUAGCCAACCCGCAUUUAUUCUAGUUCUGUAAGAGAUGCCCCUGUGCAGUGCAGAGAUCUCAAUGUUUACAUACAAAUCUAGUUUAAUAUAUAUAUGAGUUAUUGUAUAAUAAUUGUAAUUCACGUCGCAUUAUAAUUUAUAAUCUAUUCGAAUUUGAUUCUGAAAAAAAGCCACAGCUAAAAUAACUUUUCACAACAAGCGUUUUUUUUUAUUUUAAUCAAAAGUCAUUGGUUGUGGAGUCUCCAUAUUGACGAAGUGAAACAUUUUUGUAUCUUUUUAUACAAUUUAUGUUGUACAUACAGAAGCGCGUGCAUUUAUGAGAUGCUAGUGUGUGCACUCGAAUGACAUUGUGGAUUUGUUACAUUUGUUUAUUAUACAAUAUGACAUUUCAUUGAGGCAGCAGUCCAAUGAAAAUGCCUUCUCUUUUUUGUAGACAAUUUGAAGUAUUUCAUUUUUUACCACGCGAGCUUUAUUUGCAUUGGAAAUGGAAAUCAUUAUUAUCAAAUGUAAAUAAAAUCUACGAUAAAUGUCAAGGUAACCCAUAUCCAUCCCAUAAAUGAAAUCGAAGCUUCCGUAAUCUUGAUAAAGAAAUGGGCUACGCUCGUAACACUGAAAAAAUGGGUGUAAAUUUCAAGCAAUACGCGGAAUUCCGAAGUUUAAAAUCUGGAUGCAUGGAUAGUUGUGUUAUUUCAUUACUUGUUCAUACACUGUAAACAUACCUUUUUUUAAUCCUAACAAUGAAACUGUAUUAUACAUCGUAAUGUCAGAACCUAUCCUGAAUUGCAAAUAAAUGUUAUUAUUUAUUGUGUUAAUGGUUCUGGUUUAUCAUUAUCAAAACCUGAAAAAUCUUAAGGUCGCCCUAUAAAUGUCUGUAGUACUUGAAAAGGAAGAAAUUGUCAUGGCAUCACAGAUUACAUGUCUAUAAAUAUUCAAGAAGAAGAAAUUGAAAUAUUUGUUAUAAUGUAUUUUUUCAUUUUUAUAUGCUACAGACAUAUAUAGAGAGAACUUGA